CAAAACGUUAGAACACAUAAACCGGACCCAAAUCUUCCCGUUGCUACCGCCUUUCAAACUCUCCUUCCCUGUCCACAUAGGUCUCAUACACAUGAGUACAUAUAUAUACCAUAUACCGUAUAUGUAUAACCCUAGGCUCCUGGAGGUUUCUUCUUCUAUACAGAUUGCUAGCUUUACAUUGAUACUCUUCGCUCUGAUUCUACAGUCUCUUCGAGAUGUCUUAUUGUGCACAUAAAUGUAGAGAGUGGUUUAGUAUGUUAUCCGAGCACAUUUCGUGUCAAUCCUGCUAGAUGAUUGUGUGAAAAAUUAUACUUUAUGUUGCCUGUUAUAUCAAUGGCUGUUGAUUCUGGCGAUGGCAGUCAAAGUAAAGUGCUAAUUGAUGAUAAAGACAGUGUUUUUAUGGCGGAGAAGAAUGUUGCACAAUGUGUUGAAAAGGUUGAACUGAGCAUUAGCCUAGGACUACAAAACUUACAGCGAAGGGUUAGUCCAAGGCUUCAAAACAUGCCUGAUGAUCAAAAGCCUUUCUAUGGUAGUAAUAGAAAGAGGUUAUCAAAUGGGCUCAAAGAUAAAGUUAGCGAGAAAGGGAUUAAAGUGGAGUUCGUGGAAGACAUUCGUUGUAAAGAUAAUGUUGUUACGGCAAAGAAGAAUGGUGCACAAUGUGUUGAAAAGAUUGAACCAAACAGUAGCCAAGGACUGCAAAACUUACAGCGAAGGGUUAGUCCAAGGCUUCAAAACAUACCUGAUGAUCAAAAGCCUUUCUAUGGUAGUAAUAGAAAGAGGUUAUCAGAUGGCUUAAAAGAUAAAGUUAGCGAGAAAGGGAUUAAAGUGGAGUUUGUGGAAGACAUUCGUUGUAAAGAGAAUGUUGUAACGGCAAAGAAGAGUGUUGCACAAUGUGUUGAAAAGAUUGAACCAAACAGUAGCCAAGGACGGAAAAACUUGCAGCAAAGGAUUAGUCCGAGGCUUCAAAACAUACCUGAUGAUCAAAAGCCUUUCUAUGGUAGUAAUAGAAAGAGGUUAUCAGAUGGCCUCGAAGAGAAAGUUAGCAAUAAAAGGACUAAAGUGGUGUUCGCAGAAGACAUUCGUUGUGGAAGCGAUCUGGCGACGGGUCAUAACAGUUGUCUUGCUCAAGUUGAUAAUUCAGAUAAAAGUGUGGCUAGAGUGAAAAGGACAUUGAGGGUUUUCAACAGGUUUUACCUUCGCUUUGUUCAGGAAGAGGAGAAGAGAUGCAAGAAGCCUAAGGAUAAUGAUAUGCAAGUUUCUAAUGGUUCAGAAAAUAAUAAUGGAAAUGCAUCAGAUGAUUAUUCAAGGAGAUGUUCCAAGCGACCUGAUCUGAAGGCAAUUUCUGAGAUGGUGAAGUCAAAUAAAAUUUUGUAUCCUAAGAAAAUAGGUCAUCUACCAGGUAUUGAUAUCGGGCAUCAAUUCUUUUCUCGGGCUGAAAUGGUGGCUGUAGGUCUUCAUGGACAUUGGUUGACUGGAAUUGAUUAUAUUGGAGAAUCUUGCAAAAUGAAGGAAUACCAGAACUUUACCUUGCCACUUGCUGUUUCAAUCGUGUUGUCUGGCCAAUAUGAAGAUGAUGUUGAUAAUUCAGAAGAAGUCGUGUAUACAGGUCAAGGUGGAAAUAACUUACUUGGCAAUAAGCGUCAAAUUAAGGAUCAAGUUAUGUGUCGUGGUAAUUUAGCUCUUAAGAACAACAUGGAUCAAGAUGUAUGUGUUAGAGUGAUACGUGGACAUAAAUGUGCUAGUAGUUAUACUCGCAAAGUUUACACCUAUGAUGGUUUGUACAAGGUUGAUCAUUUUUGGAAAGAGAGAGGUGUUGCUGGAUUUAUUGUUUUUAAGUAUCGUUUAAAGCGAAUUGAAGGACAGCCCAAAUUGGUCACACAUCAGGUAGAUUUUGCUUGGCGGCGAGUCUCUAAAGGUCAUUUUGAAUUAGAUGGAUUGGUGUGUAGGGACAUCUGUGGUGGUCAAGAGAAUAUAUGUAUUCCUGCUACAAAUGUAUGCGAUGUUCCUCCUGUUGUACCUGCAGGUUUUAAAUAUAUCAAGUCUGUUCAAGUUGCGGAAAAUGUAAUUAUCCCUCCAGAUGCUCCCGGAUGCAAUUGCAAAGGAAAAUGUACUAAUGCUGCGAAGUGUUAUUGUGCUCAACUUAAUGGCGAUGACUUUCCAUACGUAAACCAAGAUGGUGGCAGAUUAGUUGAACCAACGGAUGUUGUGUUUGAAUGUGGUCCAAGAUGUGGCUGUGGACCUAGUUGCCUCAAUCGUACAUCUCAGCAGGGACUGAAAUACGAACUUGAGGUCUAUCGUACGGAGAAUAAGGGCUGGGCUGUUAGGUCUAGGGACUUUAUUCCUUCAGGUGCUCCAGUUUGUGAAUAUGUUGGAAUUCUCAGGAAGAAUGAUGAAUUAGACAAUGUCUCAGGGAAUGACUAUAUAUUUGACAUUGAUUGCUGGCAAACAAUGAAUGAGAUAGGAGGAAGAGAGAGGCGAUUACGUGAUGUAUCUCUACCUUUAAGUGGUCAUGCUGAGGAAAGACAUGGCAAGAUAUCAGAAAAUGGGCCUGAGUUUUGCAUAGAUGCAGGUUCUUAUGGUAAUGUUGCCAGAUUUAUCAAUCAUAGUUGUGAGCCUAACCUCUUUGUUCAGUGUGUUUUGAGUUCUCACCAUGAUGUUAGACUUGCGCGGGUGAUUUUGUUUGCUGCGGAUAACAUACCCCCUAUGCAGGAACUAACUUACGACUACGGAUACGAACUUGAUAGCGUCGUUGGUCCUGACGGAAGAGUAAAGAAGCUGCCGUGCUAUUGUGGUGCACAAGACUGUCGGAAGCGUUUGUAUUAGGCAGAUGAAGUUUCUACAUCAUAUUU